AUGUUGCUCUCGCUCUCGGCCUCCCUCGCGCUCUCACUGCUGAGGAUCGCCGCGGCGGCAGUGCGCCUCGCCGCGAGUGCUGCUCUCGGCCUGCGCGAUCCGGCCGACAGCGCGUGCGCGUGCGAGUUUUACGAGGGCGUCGUCCACCACCUGCGGACCAAACCCAAGCGGCACACCCUGACCUAUCGCGUGCGGUACUGCCUCCUCGACCUGGACGCGGCGCGCCCGCCUGCCUGCUGCGCCGCGCAGCUCGAGGACCGGCUGACCGCCGCGCAGGCGCGCUCGGAGAGCGGUUACGACGGUAAGGACAUGGCCAGCGCGUGGACGCUGCACGCCAGCGCCCCCGCAGAGCGGCUCGCCCUCUCCGUCUCGUGCGAGCACCCGGAGCUGGGACGCUUCUUCGACGCGUCGCUCGCCGCGCGCCGCGCGCAGCCCGCCUCGUCCGAGGUCUGGGCCUGGCUCAUGCCCCACCGCGUCGCCGCCUGGAUCUACUGGCACGCCACACUCCUCCUCUGGGCGGGCGUGCCCUUCCUGCCGCACCCGAAGAGCUCGGACCCAGCCGCAUACAAGCGCGACAUCCUCGCAAAGGCGGAGGCCUCUGGCAAGACGCUCUGCCCGGCCGUCGGCGCCGCCGCGGUGGGCCAGCCCCGCUUCUCAUGGCGCGACGCGGCGCGGUAUCCGUGGGACGGCUAG